AUGAAAGGCUUGGGAGCCAAUCGCAACUGCCACUUGUCAGACUCCUGUGAGCCCACCUCGGGACUCCCAGAAUCCCUCUACCCCCAUAGGGCCACCUCUCCAACAAAGAGCCCCUAUCUCCGUAGUCCUACUAUGGACCACUACGGAACCAUGGAUCUACACCAGUACCAAGGCCAUAACCAGGGCCCCCUACCUCCCGACUACAUGUUGCCUCUCAACAACCAACUUUCCAACAGCAGCACCUUCCCCAGGAUCCACUACAACUCACACUUUGACGAAUCGGACUUCUCCCCACCAGGAGGGGACAGCAUCGGGGGCAUCACUACUGGCACUAUGGGCACCUCUAUGUCCAUGGGGAUGGGCACGGCUGGGUUGAGUGGACGUGGUCCGACCAUGAUUACCAGUGGUUCGGCAACCAUCUCACAUGGUUCAAAGAAUCGCUUGCCACCAAACCUCCUGGACCAGUUUGAGAAGCAGCUCCCAGGAGGUCGCGACGGUUUCAGCACAUUACAGUUUCACCGGUCGUCUGCUGUGGCCACUGCCAAACAGCGGACCGACAGUCCAGGGCGUAUCCGCUACAUGCUUCACUCGGUCCAGAAACUCUUUGCCAAGUCACAAUCCCUGGAGAGCCAUAACAUGAAAGGUAGUGUCAAUGGCCGCUCCGCCAACAGUGGUACGUCGUCUGGAACUGAGGACAGCGGGAAGCAAAAUCGUCGGAGCAAAAGCAAAGAUCGGACCACUGCCAAGUCGGACGGAACCGCCAAACGGCGGCCUCGAUCCAACAUGUCUGGAUACUGGAGCUCUGAUGACUUGGACAGCAGCGACUUAAGCAACUACCGUAACCCCAUGGCCAUGAUGACCCUGGGGCGAUCCACUGGUCCCGACACCCAGGGUGCAGGGCAGGAAAGGUACAACGUCCACGGUGCCUACAACACAAUCAGUUCUUCGAGGAGCAAUGUUGAGAUGAAGUACCAGGCCUUGCCGGGACCUGGGGUAGGAAGUGGGGGUGGGGGUGUUGUUGGGGGAGGAUAUGGGGGAAGCAUGACUGUGAAUAGUGACUUUAUGAAGGGAAGUUCCUGGUCCACUCUGACAAUGGGCCAGCCAAGACAGGUUCUCCAAAAGGGGUCAGCAACCCUGGAUAGGUCCCUACUCAAGUCCAAGUCCUGCCAGCAGGAUCUAGCCUGCCAGUACCUGCAGGUGCAGAGGAGAGGAGACUGGAGCAGCACAUUGGGUCGUAGCAGCGGAGCCAAUGAGAUUCCAUGUCGGCGGAUGCGGAGUGGCAGCUACGUGAAGGCCAUGGGCGACCUGGAGGACAGCGAUGACUCAGAGGGUAGUCCCAAACCAUCACCAAAAAGUGCAGCUCGUCGGCAGAGCUACCUAAGGGCUACUCAACAAUCUCUGAGUGACCAGCCACCCCCACGCAACAGAGCCCUGGAUUACGCCAUGCGGCAGGGGGAGCUGGAGGCUCUGUGGGCUCCUCUCCAGAGUGUGUCCUCCCUCCACCAGCUGGGCAGGUCAGUAUCCAGCUGUCUGCCCUCUUUGAGGGAGCUCUCCAACAACCGUAGCCUGGACAACCUGGAUUGUAUUGUGAGUUCGGGGGGCUCUCCAUUCAACCACUGGGAUGAAGAGGACUUCAGUCAGGCCUGCAGCACGCUGGGAAGGAGCAGCUGCAUGGGGCAGCUACGAGACUUGGAGAUGAGCAAUCGCUACGAGGAGCACUGCUCUGAACCAGCAUUUAGAGAUUCUCGGACGCAUUCCCAGGACAACAUCGACCCACCGGAUCUGCCCACCCCCACGUGCUUCCGCUCCCGCAGCCAUAGCUACCUGAGGGCCAUUCAGGCUGGCUGCUCCCAGGACGACGACACUGCUUCUGUGGACUCAGACUCGCCCCCACCCACCGCCACCACAGUUCGCACCUAUAGUAAUAACACUGGAGACCUUCCCCUCCCAUGGAAGAUAUGGAAAGAACAGUUUGGCUCUUACCUGAUAGCCUCCGGAUUGGAUAAAGCCCCAAAGGAGAAACAGCUUGCAAUUUUCCUUCAACGUUUGGGGGCGGAGGGACAGCGCAUCUUUGCCACUCUCCCAGUCUCAACAUGCAUAACGACUUGUAAGAAGGCAGCACCCCCGCCGGUGCCCCCCCGCACCACCUCCAAGCCCUACAUCUCUGUGACGGUGCAGAGCAGUACUGAGUCGGCCCAGGACAACUACUUGGACCGGCACAGCGAGGUCAACAGCCAAUCCAGCCACGCUCACAGCAACUCGUCCGACAGCCUCGACAGCACCCGUGCCAACAGCCUGGCGAGGGGCAUCUCCCGUGCCCCACAGAUCAUCCCUGUGCCCAUUGCCACUCCCCGGGACCACUUUGUCCCCACUGUCACAACCAGCACUUCCACAGACACAUCUGACGUCGGGCACGAGCCACUGAAGACGAGCACAGGGAAGCUCCAUUUGGCCUCAGAGGAUCUCCUAGUGGACUUGGUACCCCGGAGGAAGCUCUCCUCCAUUGGCAUUCAGGUUGAUUGUAUUCAGGAAGUUCAGCGAGAGGAGACACCACCAUUGGCCAGAUUCCAGUCAAUCGGAGUGCAGGUGGAGGACGGGUGGCAGCUCAGUCGCUCCAGUAGCAUGGCAUCCAAGCAGGAAACUGACUCAGACACAAAUGACAUCCCUAGCACCUCCUUCCAGACCAACUCCAUCACCUCCAAGCUCACAGAGAAGAAAGUCAUGGUCAACAGUGCCAGCCAAUCCAUGGACUCACCAGUGGACCAGAGUCCCCUCAACAACAGGGAUCCUUUCCAUGAAUCCUCACCACCACCUCCCCCUCGUCAGAUCCUCAACCGCUCAACAACACGGAGUAGCUCAUCUUCAUUCUCGGAGAGCCUUGAUCCGGCACUGGACCCCUCCUCCCUGCCCCCUCCCGAUCCCUGGCUGGAGAGUGGAAACGGGAGUGGAUCUAGUGCGGGACCCUGCGUUGCCUCUCAGGGUGGUGGAGGAGGACCACCCUGCCGGAGGGACGGCCACUGGUUCCUGAAGCUGCUGCAAGCUGAGACGGGUCGCAUGGAAGGGUGGUGCCAGCAAAUGGAGCAGGAGACCAAAGACAAUCAGCUUUCAGAGGAGGUGUUGGGAAAGGUCCGCAGUGCUGUAGGCAGCGCUCAGCUCCUCAUGUCCCAGAAGUUCCAACAGUUCAGAGGACUGUGUGAGCAAAACUUGAAUGUGAAUGCCAACCCUCGGGCCACAGCUCAGGACCUGGCUGGUUUCUGGGACCUGCUGCAGCUCUCUAUCGAGGACAUCAGCCUCAAAUUUGACGAGUUGUACCACCUCAAGUCCAAUGACUGGCAGCCUGCGCCUACCUCCUCGGCCGCUGCCCACUCGCCCCCAGAGCGGAAGGACGACCAAAAGCAGGUUCCUCCAGUGCCAAAGAAGCCUGGUAAAGGGAGGCCAGUGCUGGGCCGUGAAAAGAGCGCCGACUCUGUCUCCACCUCCUCGUCGGCCUCAGCCGAGAAGCAGCGACAGGAUGCUCGCAAGCGGCUGCUGGCCGCCAAGAGAGCCGCCUCUGUCCGUCAGAACUCCGCCACAGAGAGUGCAGACAGCAUCGAGAUCUACGUCCCUGAGGCCCAGACGCGCCUCUAAGAGGAGACCGAGUGACCGAGCGAGAACUAUCUUCAUGAUGGACGUAGGAAAAAUGGAAAGAGUGGGGAUUCUCAUCUCAGUGGAAGCAAUAGAUGGUUACAAGGAGGCAGAGAAAGUUGAGAAGGAGACCACCAGGAAGGUUUCUCAGAACAUGGGUGGCGAAGGGUGUCAUGGUUACACAUGCAGGUAUAGGCUGUCCUGGUGGGAAUAUUGAUAGUAAAAUAAAGUGAGAGAAAAUUAAAAGUACUUUGGGGGUGUAGAUGAAUAUGCGUGAAAACUCUUCAGGCGGCCAUUGAAAACCACAGAUAAUGAACUUGGUUAUAAAUUGUUACUAUUCUUGAUUAUUAAAAUUAUGAAAUUAC